AUGAAUGAAGUGAUUGAUUUGAAGAAAAAGGUGGAUAAUUUGGAGGGAGCUAAAGGAGAUAAAGUGAGGAAACCACCUGCUGAGCAUGAAGUAAGCACAUCCCAAAGGAGGAAAAUUUCAUGCCCAUUGGUUGCGUGCAAAGCUAAGGUUUGUACACCUUCUUAGACAUAUGCGAAAUGUACGUCACUGGACAAAAGAAGCUGCUGCCAAAGUAUUAUUAAAGUAUAACAUUUGGAGAAGACUGAACAAAGAACCAAAGAAAAAGGAUUAUCGUUGCAACCGGAAGUGUCCCACUGGAGAUUGCCAAAUCCAUUGUUCGCCAUUUGCCAAAACACUUGCAGAAGGUUCACAAAUUAAACAAAGCAUCGAAAGAGUACAACCAUGUGAUUUUAAAUGCUCCCCUUGCCCCAAAUCAUAAGCAUGCUAUAAUUAGGUGGCAAGAAGAGCAGUUGAAGAGAAAGACAUGGGAUGUAGAAUGAAGCCCCUAACAUACCUAGGAACAACAUGAGGAGGAACACAGUGAAGAGGAAGUGGUUGAUGAUAGUGGAAAAGAUGUUGAUGAUAACUUUGAAUUUGUUUGUGAAAAUGAAAGUGAUGAUGAUGAUGACAUUCUUGAUGAUAUAGACGAUCUUAAAUUGCAGACCAGAUCAACAUUACCACCUUUGAUUGCUGAAUUUCAGGAGUGGUUGGCAUCACCUGAUGGCAGCAAAAAAGAUGAAAAACAGUUAUGCAGCAUGGUUCCCAGCUUUUUAUCAUGCUAAAGGUCAUUGACGAUUCAGAGAACAUCCAGUCUCUGUUCGACUUAAAGUUAAUUUGUCAAGUGUUCUUGAAUGGGUAUGUGAAAGGAAAAAAAUAUGAAGCCGGAACAAUCAAAUCUUAUUUGAUAAGCCUGCGGCACUUUUAUUCAUUUUUGCUGUCAGACAAGCCGGAUGGUAUCAACUUUAGUUGGUUGGACGGAAGUGCCUCUAGGGAAAAAGUGAAGAUGUGGCCUGCAUCGUAUAAGAGAGAGUCCAGUAUGAGAAAAUGGCAAAAGCUCGAAGACAUGCUGAACCAUUUGACACCUUUAAACAUCCGUAAAUUGGAGAGGAGAAAAGUACAGCGGCUGGGGAGGCAAUCAAAAUACUUGGACAACAUUCCGAUUCAACUGAAACAGUCCCUGUUACCCAAUCCAGUUUCACUUUGGUUAGGGAUUUUCUGUUCACACAAAUAUUUAUAGAUAAUGCCAAUCGACCAGAUGUCUUAGCACAUCUGACAAUGAAGGAACAUACCAACAUUCACAAGCAAGAUGAACACUAUGUUAUCACAGUCAAAAACACAACUGCUCAUGUUCAUGGACCAGCUCGAAUUGUAUUGAGCGAUAUAUUGUAUUCUAUUGGUGUAAUGCAAGCGCAUGUGAGAACUAGAAUCAAUGGUCCAGUUUUCUUGUCCUGGAAUCGAAAUGCAAUGAAGUCUGGACACAUCACCAAGGCUGUGCAAUCCGUCUUCACGAAAGCUGGAUUGGACGUCAAAAUAACAUCGACAUCUUUUAGAAAGGCAGCUGUUACCAAGGUCCACAUUGACAACCCUGAUAUGAGUAGGAAAUUGGCUGACCUCAUGGCUCAUAAUGAAGCGACUGCAAAGAGGUAUUACCUUCUUUCAGAGAAGACGUCGGUGGAAGUUUCAAAAAACCUUGGCCGGCUGAUGUGA